AUGGCUGAUAAUACUGCAAUUCCUCCUCCUCCGAGAGAGGACAUGAAAAAGCCUGAUCCUCCAAAAGAUCCAGCUUCAGCUCAGGGUUUCCAGUGGUGGAGACGCACAUUCCAAUACAAGACUGGAUUGGGUUUAACUACUGAAGAGAAGAAGCAAUACGAGAACGACUACCAAUUUAUUCUACAACGCCAGCAAUGCAAACAGUGUUACGAUUACAGGGAUUGGAUAUUGAAUUAUUCCCCAACAGUAAGAUUCAUGGCUCAGCAGAUCUCCAAAUUGAAUGUCAAGAGUAACGGUGACGUACUUCCAUUCGAUGAGUCCAAGGUCAUAUGUGAUGUUUGCCCUGAUUGGAAAAGUGGUGGGUUUCAUCCCGAGCUUGGUAUACUGCUAUGUCAAAAUCGUAUUCGUGACAAAUGGCAUUUGGAAGAUACCUUAGCCCAUGAGAUGAUCCAUUAUUUUGAUAACUUGAAAUGGCAAGUUGAUUGGCUCAAUUUGAAGCAUCAUGCCUGUUCCGAGAUUAGAGCGUCUUCACUGAGUGGAGAAUGUCGAUUUUCUCAGGAAUUCGCAAGAAGAGGUUUUGGAUUUGAGAUCAGUAAAGGUCAUCAAGCUUGUGUCAAGAGGAGGGCAACUCUUAGUGUGAUGGGUAAUCCUAGUUGUAAAGACGAGGAGCAUGCUAAAGCUGUAGUGGAGGAAGUAUGGGACAGUUGCUUCAGUGAUACGAGACCUUUUGAAGAGAUAUAUAGGUAG